AUGGUGGUUGCUGGCGAGCCGUGGCCAUUGCCAUCGCACGCUGCCGCUGUGUCAGCGGUGAGCGGAAGGUCCCCGCCUGCUGCUGCCUCGGGUGUUGCUGCGCUGAAGCCGCCAGUCCCACCUGCCCGGGGGCCACCUCCCUCUGCCGCUGGGGUCUCUCCGCCUCCGGACCCACACCUCGUGACGAGCCCGGCUCCUCCGUCGCCUCUGCCAGGUCCGUCUGCCCCUGUUGUCGAGUCGGGCCCUCCGCUUCCUGUCGAGGCUCCUGCUCCUGCAAUUCCUGCUGUUCCGUUGGCUGCCCAUGCGAGCUCUGUCGCACCGCCUGCUGUUGCUGAUCCUGCUGCUGCUCCGCCUGUCCCGGGGGUCCCUGUCUCAACGCCCGCCGUCGUUGACCCUGUUGCACCUGCCGCGGCUGUUGCUUCGUCGCCGAUGGCGGAGUCCGCCACCACUGGCGGCCAGGCCCCUGUUGUAACGCAGGCGGCGGCGGUCCAGACGGCUCCUGAUGCUGCUCCGCAUGUCGUCGCCCCUCCUGCUCAACGUCCGCCGUCUCCGGGCCGCCGACAGUCUCGGCCCCAUUCCCCUGCGCCUCGUGACGAGCGCGCGGCGUCGCGGCGGCGCCACGAUUCCCCUCGGCGCCGCGGUUCUCAAGCGAACUGGCCCGCGGCUCGCGGCGGUCGUGGUGGGUGGUGGGGAGGGCGCGGUCGUGGUGGCGGCUGGGCGUAUGAACAGCCCGUGACGAUGGCGGAUCUGCAGCGCGUCGUAUCUGCUGCGGUGCGUGAGGAGCGGAAUGGGCAGGCGAGCCUGGGCAACUUGCCGCGUGUCGCUCCAGCCCCCGUGCCUCCUCCUCCUGUUGCGCUUCCUGUUCCUGCCGUUCCGCCUCUGCUGGCAGCUGCUCCGCCUCCCCCUGCUCCCUCUGUGUAUGCUGUCGCUCCGGCGGGUCGUGUGGAACCCCCGCGGGUUCCUGCUGUUGCUGACGCCCUGUCAUUUCCGGCGUGGGCGGGACCUCCUCGCAUGGUUGAGGUCCCUGAGGCGUCGCUUGGGCAGCUGUGGCGCCUCGCUGAGGGCUUGCGGGCCGUGCACCUGAUCCAGGCGUACGCUCAUGCUGCUCUCGCUCGUGGUGGCUCGCUGGAUGGUCGCCAGCGGGACGAGUGUCUUGAUGCUGCUGACCGGCUCGCGGAGCUGCUGGCGCCCGUGCUGGCUGCGCCUGCGAUGGGCGUAAUUGCGGGUGUUGGGCAGCUUGGUACAGCUGUCCGUGGGCUGCGGCGGAUUUUGCGCGCAGGCUCUGGAGCCGAUGUGAUCGGCGCAAGCACGGCGGCGGUGCGGGAGCUGCACCGCUCUCUGACUGGGCUCCUGGCGGCGUAUCUGAAGAGCCCUCUGCCCAACGAGGUGAUGGGGCGUGCGUAUGAGCACGCUCACCCAACCCACUUCUAUCCCUUCCUUUCUUCUCCCUCCCUCCCGUUUCCGCUGUGCAGGCUGUGGGGCAAGGCCCCAAGUGACACGCUUCAUGCUGUCCCACCCUUCUCCCUCUGCCCUUUCUUCACAACCUCUCUCCCUUCUCUCCUUCUCUCUCCCUUCUCUUCCCCCACCAGGCGCGCUGGCGCACUGGUGGCGAGCCCAGGCAACGCACUUCAUACUUCAUUCGCCUCUGUUCAGCCCUCCUUCUGUGCGCGUCUGCUAAUCCCCCCCGCCCCACCCUUCCCCCACCAGGCGCACUGGUGGAGGGCCCAAGCAACGCGCUUCAUGCUGCGGUGGCCGUCGGCCUACCUGUGCCACAUCAUCAACCGCGAGCGCCACCACGUGUAUGGCAUGCACGUGGCCCGCCAGGUCGUGGCGUCUCAGAUGGACGUACGCACCCUACUGGGAGAGUCCCGCGAAAGCAACAAGUCAGCUGAGGAGCUGGGAGGGUUUAAGGGAGAAGGGGGGCUUUUGAAAGAUAGCCAGGUCGUGGUGUCCCACGUGGACCAGAAAAGGCUACUGGGAGAGUCCCGGGAGAGCAAUAAGUCCGCUGGGGAGCUGGGAGGGUUUAAGGGAAGAGGAGGGCUUUUGAAAGAGCAAAAGCUGCUAGCGAUCCGUAUGGAGCAGAGAAGCGUGCUGGAAGAGACCUGGGGAAGCAGCAAACUCAAAGGGAAGAUGGGAGGGUUUGGCGGAAGUGGCACGCCCUCUGAAGAGCGGCAGCUGCUUGCGGUCCGUAUGGACCAGAGAAGCACGCUGGAAGAGACCUGGGGAAGCACGUUUGAGGAGAAGGUCCCUUUGUUGCCUCGGAAACUUGUUAAGCGUUUCAACGGGUCAGGAGGUUGGGAGGAGGAGGAGGAGGAGGAGGAGGAGGAGGAGGAGGAGGAGGAGGAGGAGGAGGAGGAGGAGGAGGAGGAGGAGGAGGAGGAGGAGGAGGAGGAGGAGGAGGAGGAGGAUGAAGGAGGCUUAGGGAAUGCCGCUGCAGCUGCCAGCAGCAGCAGCAACAGCAGCAGAAGCGGAAAUGGAAAUGGAGGCUUAGGAGAUUCGGAAGGGGAGCGGUACGGUUCGGAUCCGUUUCUUGCGAACUACGAGGGGGUGGGAGGGGAGCCGUACGUCCCGCGGCCGAUAGUGAGCAUGCAUGUGCGGCAAGGCGACAAGGGGUUUGAGAUGCAGCUCUUCUCCUUCUAUGCAUACAUGUUCAUGGCCAAUCGCAUCCGGCGGGGAUUCCCCGGUGUGCGAUAUGUGUGGCUCAGCACUGAGAUGCAGGUGAGGAGGGGAGAAGGGGGGGUGUUUGCAGGGUAG